AUGGUCGUUGCAUACAAUGGCACGACCGGCUCAGCCGACGAGGGAUACUCCUCCGGCGUGCAAGACCUCAACAUCUUUUACGAUACCGGAAACCUGGCCUUCCUGACCAUAUCCUCCGUCCUGGUCUUGCUCAUGAUCCCCGGCGUCGGCUUCUUCUACAGCGGUCUCGCCCGGCGAAAAUCCGCCCUGCAGCUCAUCCUCCUCUCCAUGCUGUCCGUCGCCAUUGUCGGGUUCCAGUGGUUCUUCUGGGGCUACUCGCUCACGUUUUCGCGAACCGGAAACUUCUUCCUCGGCGAUCUGAGCCAGUUUGGCCUGCGCAAGACUCUUGCCCAGCCCAACGGAUCCGCGAGCUUGCCCGACAUUCUCUUUUGCCUGUACCAGGGAAUGUUUGCCUCCAUCACCCCGGCUCUUGCCAUCGGUGCCGUGGCCGACCGAGGCCGCGUGCUCCCCGCCAUCGUCUUCAUCUUCAUCUGGUCAACCGUGGUAUAUGACCCCAUCGCCUACUGGACCUGGAACAGCAACGGAUGGCUCGCCAAGCUCCCCGCCUACGACUUUGCCGGCGGCGGCCCCGUCCACAUCGCGUCCGGGACCUGCGCCCUCGCCUACAGCAUCAUGCUCGGCAAGCGAUCGGGGUACUCGAGCACGCACGGCCUCCCCUACCGCCCCCACAGCGUCACCAACGUCGUUCUCGGCACCGUCUUCCUCUGGGUCGGCUGGUUCGGCUUCAACGGAGGCUCUGCCCUGGCCAUGAACCUCCGCGCCGUCAUGGCCUGCUACGUCACCAACCUGGCCGCCUGCUGCGCCGGCAUCACCUGGUCCCUCCUGGACUAUCGCCUGGAGAAGAAGUGGUCAACCAUUGGCUUCUGCAGCGGCGCCAUCUCCGGCCUCGUGGCCAUCACCCCCGCCGCAGGCUUCGUCACCCCGUGGGCCGCCCUCGUCAUCGGCGUCGUCGGCGGCGCGUGCUGCAACAUGGCCACCAAGCUCAAGUACCUCGUCGGCGUGGACGACGCCCUCGACAUCUUUGCCGUCCACGGCAUCGGCGGGGCCGUAGGCAACCUCCUCACCGGAAUAUUCGGAGCUUCGUACAUUGCCGGCCUUGACGGCACCACGUUCGCCCCCAUCGGCUGGAUCCAGCACCACUGGAUCCAGCUAGCCUACCAACUUGCCGGCAUCUCCGCCGCCUUUGGCUGGUCAUUCGUGUGCUCCUCGCUGCUGCUCUUCCUCAUGAACCUCGUUCCCGGGCUGAGCCUGCGCGUAUCCGCCGCCGCCGAGGAUGUGGGCAUCGACGACAGCGAGCUGGGAGAGUUCGCCUACGACUACGUCGAGCUGACUCGGCACGUGGCCGACUCCAGCCUGGGCGUUGUCUCUUCCACCAGCUCGACUCAAGAGAAGGCUGUGUCCGGGAAACCGUAG